UCUGCAAAAAAUAUUAUUUUCUAUUUUAUCUAUUUCAAAUGUCUACAACGGCAGGAGGGGAUGGUAAACCAACUACACACACAAUUCCACCACCCAAAACAUCUGGAGCAGCAACUGGCGGGCAACAAUUAAGUGCAUCUGCAAAUCAAUUUGUGGAUAAGAUUGACCCUUUUUCUAAGCGUGGAAAUUCGAGACGUAGAAGGAGACUUGUUGGGAGCAGUCGGUAUCAUACUGACAAUGAACCUGAUUUGGUACAGCUUCCGUUGAUUAAAGAUGCAUCGCAAGCAGAACAAACAAAUUUGGCGAUUCAAAAGCUUCAACAAUGUCAGAAGAUUUUUGAUUUUUAUGAUCCUGUUUCACAGCUAAAGAGCAAAGAGAUUAAACGAGCUGCUCUAAACGAAUUAAUUGACUAUACAACUGCCACUAAAAAUGCUGUUUGUGAGCCGCUCUAUCCUGAGAUUAUUCGGAUGGUUUCGAGAAAUAUCUUUCGUGUUCUGCCACCUAGUGACAAUUCAGAAUUUGAUCCAGAAGAAGAUGAACCCACUUUGGAAGUUUCAUGGCCGCAUCUUCAGCUUGUCUACGAACUAUUUUUGCGAUUUCUCGAGUCUCCUGAUUUUCAAGCAACACUUGGUAAAAAAUAUAUCGACCAGCGUUUUGUGCUUCAACUUCUCGAACUUUUUGAUUCUGAGGAUCCUCGUGAACGUGACUUUCUCAAAACAAUUUUACAUCGUAUUUAUGGGAAAUUUCUUGGACUUCGUGCUUUUAUUCGAAAACAAAUCAAUUAUAUGUUUUUGUCUUUCGUUAUUAUUAAUGGAUUUGCUUUACCGCUAAAGCAGGAACACAAAAUAUUUUUGGUCAAAUUGGCUUAUUGUGUUGUGCAAUUUAUAGAAAAAGAUUCUACUUUAACUCCUCAAGUGUUCGACGCAUUGCUCAAAUUCUGGCCUAAAACAUGUAGUUCUAAAGAGGUUAUGUUUCUUGGAGAGGUUGAAGAAAUUUUGGACAUUAUAGAGCCUGAACAAUUUAAGAAAAUUAUCGACCCGCUUUUUAGACAACUGGCUAAAUGCGUUGCCGAAAGAGCACUUUACUUUUGGAAUAAUGAAUAUAUUCUCUCAUUAAUUGAAGAUUGUAGUAUUCAUGUCAUGCCAAUCAUGUUCCCUGCACUUUAUCGUAUUAGUAAGGAACAUUGGAAUCAAACAAUUGUAGCUCUAGUAUAUAAUGUUCUUAAAACAUUUAUGGAAAUGAAUGGAAAAUUAUUUGAUGAACUUACGGCUAAUUACAAACUUGAAAGACAAAAAGAAAAGAAGCGUGAAAAAGAUCGUGAAGAACUUUGGAAGCGAAUGGAUUCAAUGGACAUAAAUUCAAUAUUGGCGCAAAUUGAACAAGGAAAGAAUGUUCCAGAGCCAAAAAUUCUCGAGAAAACGUCUCUGACACUUUUUAUUGAAAAAGCUCCAAAUUCAAUUGUUCCUCCACCGCCUGCCGCUGGGGGGAAUGGUCAAGAGGCUAAAAGUGGACAACAACAAGUGAGCGGAACGAGAGAGAAUCGAACAUCACAGUCACAAAAUCCAGAAGGAGGUAACGAGACGGUAGUUGCUUCAACAGGCGAAAAUAUGGCUGCAAAUUCACAAACAGCCUCUAGUGGAAAGAAGUCUUGA